CCGAGGCGGCGGCAGUCGCUCUGUGGGCCGCUGGGAUGGCCGCCGAGGUGUCGCGGCGGGCGGGCCGGCUGGGUCUGCUGGCGCCUUCGGGGGCUUCCCUCUCGCGGCGGGCGGUGGUGGAGGAGGACUCUUCCUCGGAGGAGAGCGAGGAGGAGGACGGGCGGUGCCCUCCGGGAGCCGGGCGAGGGCGGCGGGGGCCGCGGGGUCCCUCGGCGGCCAAGCGCUCGGGAGGCGGCCCUGGCCAUGGCGGCGUCGGCAGCGGCGGCGGGGGACCCCCUCAGAUCAUCCACUCGGGCCACUUCAUGGUCUCGUCGCCGCACAGCGAGCACCCGCCCAAGAAGGGCUACGACUUCGACACGGUCAACGAGCAGACCUGCCAGACCUACCGCUUCGGGGCGGCGGGGGCCGAGGACGGCGGUGGCGGCGAGGGCGAGGGCGGCGGAGGGGGCGGCGGCGGCGGCGGGGGCCGCCUCAGCAUCGACGCCUCCCUCACCAAACUCUUCGAGUGCAUGACCCUGGCCUACAGUGGCAAGUUGGUUUCGCCAAAGUGGAAGAAUUUCAAAGGCCUCAAGCUUCAGUGCAGGGACAAAAUCCGACUCAAUAACGCCAUCUGGAGGGCCUGGUACAUCCAGUAUCUGGAGAAGCGAAAGAAUCCCGUGUGUCAUUUUGUGACUCCUUUGGAUGGCUCUGUGGAGGUAGAUGAGCAUCGGCGUCCUGAGGCUAUUGCUACAGAAGGGAAGUAUUGGAAACGACGGAUAGAAAUAGUAAUCCGAGAGUAUCACAAGUGGAGAACCUACUUCAAAAAAAGGUUGCAGAAACACAAAGAUGAAGACCUUUCCAGCUUGGCCCGGGAUGACGAUAUGCUCCUCUGGCAUAAUGAGAGCUAUGGCAGAGAGACACCAGUCCCUAUGGAACUGGACUCCCUCUUUAGCACCGACAUGCUUAUGUCAGAGUUGCCAGACACCCUCUUCUCUACGCUGUCAUCUCACCAGCCGGUCUGGCCAUGUCCCAGAGAGAUAGCACACUUAGGCAAUGCUGACAUGAUUCAGCCAGGACUGACCCCUCUCCAACCAAACUGCAUGGAUACUUUUGAACUUUUUCAAGAGCUUUUCAUGUCAAAUCGUUCCAGUAACUACUUCAGUGCCAUCCCCAUCACUCCUACUGCCAGUUCUGCCAUGGCAGAUGCCUGCACUCAUUCUUCCCAGACUUCAGACCUCUCUCCAGGUUCUUUGUCCAGUCCACUUCCCCAAGUCAACCUCAGCGAAGGGCUCAUCGCCACCCCAGUGCCUGCUCCCAUCAUUCCCAGUGUGGCGGACGUUGGUGCUGACCAGUGCCUCAACUUGAGGAGUGGAGGCUCUUUCCUGGAGCCACCCAGUUUCAGUUCCACACCUUCUCUGAGCAGCCAGCCUCAGUUUCUGCCUUCCUUCCCAGAUCUUGUACCGCUCCUUCAGUCUGGUGUCCCUUCUCUACCAUCCCAUUUGCAGCCGACUUCACUGCCUCUGGAUGCUGGCAUGACCUCACAGACACCCGUAUUUGCUCCUUCAGAGCCCCCAAAGUUUGGGCUCUGCAAAUCUUCAGUGAUCACCCACACGGCCUCCGCCACACUGACACGUAAUGUUCCUGCCACCACCUUCAGCCACAGCCAGGCUGGCCUUCUGGCAACCCAGCAGGCAGGAGGAGGAGUGCCUUGCAACCUGGCCCUUCAGACUGCUGUCACACAACGGCAACCUCUGCUGCAGCCACGCACAAACUUUGCCCUUCCCGUAGCCAGCUCCGGGAUGAGGGCCAAGAAGCCGCAAAAGAUAGUGCCUGCCCCAAAGCCAGAAACUGUCUCCUUGGUGUUGAAAAAUGCCUUCAUUGCCCCAGCGGCCUUUCAGGGACCGUCCAGAGCUGUGAUUGUAACUCCCGCACCUAUGAAAAGAGAAGGUGUUUUGGCCCCCAGGAUGUCUCAGCCCAAUGUUGUAAUUGCACCAUCUGGAAUGCCCAGAGCACCUCGAGCAACAGAAUUCCACAGCGGUAUUCUGCUCAGCCCAGGCCAACAGUCUCCAAGUCCACAGACGGUCCCAGCUGCAGUUCCACAUCUUUUUUCUCCUAGUACAAUCCAGGAUGUACUGGUGAAAGGCGAGCAGCCCCCUCCCCACAAAACCUGCUCCCAGGUGUCCUCGCCCAGCCGAGACUGUCAGCCCUCAGGGCAAGCCUCACCAUGUACUUCAGAACAAAGUCCCAGCCCUCAAUCCCCACAGAACAGUUGCUCAGGGAAAACCGCAACCAAUCCUCAGAUGACUGCCUUUAAGAAUCGCAGGAUGAAGCAUAUUUCAGCGGAACAGAAACGAAGGUUCAACAUCAAGAUCGGCUUUAGCACUCUCAACAGCUUGGUGUCAGCAAACUCUAAAUCAAUCAGCCAUGCUCUCACACUCCAGAAGACGGUGGAAUACAUUGCAAAGCUGCAGCAGGAGAGAGCCCAGAUGCAAGAGGAAGCCAAGCGUCUCCGAGAAGAAAUAGAGGAGCUGAAUGCCACCAUCAUUUCUUGUCAGCAGCAGCUCCCUGCCACAGGAGUUCCCAUCACACGACAGAGGUUUGAUCAGAUGCGGAAUAUGUUUGAGGAAUAUGUUAGGAACAGAACUCUGCAGAAUUGGAAGUUUUGGAUUUUCAGCAUCAUCAUUAAUCCCUUGUUUGAAACAUUCAAUGGAAUGGUGUCCACAACCAGCUUAGAUGAGUUGAACCAGACGGCAUUGGCAUGGGUGGACCAGCACUGCUCCCUUCCCGUUCUGAGACCUAUGGUUCUGAACACACUUCGUCACUUGAGUAUUACCACCUCCAUUCUUUCUGACCCGUCACGCUUGCCAGAACAAGCCACCGAGGCAGUGAGUAAGGCCCACAAGACAGCUGGAGAAACCUAACCAAAGGCAACUGAUAUCACCUCUUCAAGCCAUGGCAAAUAUCUACGCCUUAUCAAGACAUAGCAACCUCACUGCG